CGGUGAAACUAUUUCGUAUGCAGGUUGUGCUGAAAAAAUAAGUUUUUCGAAUAAUCUAUAGAACUGCAUAAUGCGAAUAUUAAUAAAAAUUGCAAUUCUGAUUGCAAUUUCAUUGUGUCUGGUCCAUCAUGUACAAAGUCAAGGCAAAAGUCGAGGAUCUCAAACACUUUCGGAAAAAGUUCAGCAGCUGCUGGAGAUGAACGCAAAACGACCGGUAAUGCGGUUUAACGGAAAUCGCUUCAGAGAUUUUGUAAAAUCGGUUCCCCGAAACUACUCGGUCGUCAUCAUGUUCACGGCGAUGGCACCGGCCCGGCAAUGCGUUAUAUGCCGACAUGCUCAUGAUGAAUAUACGAUAGUUGCCAAUUCGUACCGUUACUCGCAAACCUACUCCAAUAAACUUUUCUUUGCCAUGGUUGAUUUCGAUGAAGGCUCGGACGUUUUUCAAAUGCUUCGUCUAAACACUGCUCCGGUGUUUAUUCAUUUUCCGGCUAAGGGUAAGCCAAAACCAGCGGACACGAUGGACAUCCAACGAGUGGGCGUCUCUGCAGAAGUCAUUGGCAAGUGGAUUCAGGAGCGUACCGAUAUUCAAAUUAGAAUCUUCCGACCACCGAACUAUUCAGCCACUGUGGCUAUUCUGAUGUUAACAGCCUUUGUCGGUAGCUUUCUGUACCUGCGACGAAAUAAUCUAGACUUUCUAUACAAUAAGCAGAUGUGGGGAUUUCUGGCGGUUAUAUUUUGCCUUGCGAUGGUAUCCGGCCAGAUGUGGAACCACAUCAGAAGCCCACCGUUUGUCCACAAAAGCCAAAAUGGAGGAAUAGCGUACAUUCAUGGGUCUUCUCAAGGGCAACUGGUGAUCGAAACGUACAUCGUAAUGUUCUUGAAUGCGAUGAUCGUUGUCGGUAUGGUGCUGCUAACCGAAGCGGGCUGGCAAACCGAUGCAAGGAAAGGCAAAAUUACAGCAAUUGUCGGGUUGGUGUUGGUGGCUGUGUUUUUCUCGUUUAUUCUGUCGAUCUUCCGAUCGAAGGCUCAAGGUUAUCCCUACAGCUUCUUAUUCAAAUAAUAGUGGAAAUCACGUUAAUAAUGUGAUUUCAGUUUACUAGAACCCAAUCACAUGCGGGAUUACACAUACUGUAAGUUGAAUUCUCCUACCACGCGAGUUUUUGGGUUCAAACUAGGAUGAAUGAAAGCUGUUGUACCGUAGUUUAAAAAUUAAAAUCACAUUGAUUUUCUAGUGAGAACUAAUUGUUUAGUGCAAAAAAUAAUUUCGUCAUUAAUAACGUAAUCGCACGUUUGGAGAAACAUUGUUUGCUAGCGUUUAUUACGUGACAAUGAUUUAGUGAUUUGUUCUGGUAAUUGAAAAAAGUGGAAUAUAAUAAGAUCGCGAAGCAGCAAGCUGA